CAGGUCUGUCUGCAUCGCAUCGAUGGAUGUCGCAUGCACAUGGCGAUAAAGAACUCCCACAACCGACGACAAACUUACUGAGUAAAUGACUAGAACACCGCGCUGCAGCAGGUCGAUAAAACCUCACACACCCACUUCCUAGCACAGCACAGCCACACAUCUAGCACAGCUACUCAUCCCUUCACUCCUUCCGUCCCCCCGUCACCGUCACACACACAGCCUGUCCGGGCGUCUGCGUGACACGCGCACACCUCACGUCAAAGCCGCCACCCAACCGAUCCACACACUCGAAGCAGAAGGCCAGUCGCCCGUCUUCCAGUCCGUCGACGGCCAGCAUGACGUCCGCCCAGUCAGGUCGGAUGAGACCCACCAGCCUCAUGCACGACAGCACGGACGCGUGGUUGGGGGAGUGUCUCAUGCCGGUCAUGCGCACGGUGAGCUUGUCGACCCGCGGGAAGGCCAUCUGCUGGUGGGGCAGUGUCUCGGGGAGAUCGGUCACGUGGUGGCCCAGCGUGAUGCUGCACUUGGCCAGCCGCUUCGCCGACACAUAGGACAGAAGCUUGGCGGCCUAUGUGGACACACAAGGAGAGGAAGGAAAACUUGGAUGGAUGGAUGGCUGGCUGGAGAUGGUCUUCCUUUCCCUCGCUGGCCUGCCUACCGUGAACAUGCUGGAGGAUUCGAUCUCGAGGUCUGUCAGCGUCGCCAGGCUCCCGACAAGCUUGCUCAGGGCGUGUGGCUCCCCAUCCGGCAGUUCCUUCGUUUCAUCUGCCAGCGCCCCACCGUUAGAUUUGUUGACGUGCGUCACGAGGGCCACCAUGCAGCUGAGGCUCUCGAGGGCGGGGAAAUGGCGAUUGUUGCCGUCCGCCCCCUGCUCACUCAGCCACAUGGGCACGCUCUCAACGGCUGUGGCUGCCGGCACAUAAGUGACUACAUUGCCAAACGGCUCCACCCUGAGCGAUUUAGCCCGGGGGAACAGGAGCGCGCCGCUCCAUGACUUGUCGAGGGGGUCGCCACCAUGAUACAGGUGGACCUGACCAACCGAGAGAGACACCAAGUGUUGACACGGAAUCGUCACAUGCGCUGUGCCGUGUGCGUGUGUGUCUCACUCACCUCUUUCUGUUUGCUCGCCAGGUCCCUGAUGAUGUCGGCGACGGGUCCGAUGACGGCUUGGGGCUGAUCGGCCGCCUCCACAGUGCAGUCGACAUGCACCUCACCCUGCCACUCGAUGGCGCAGCUGACCUUCUUCGCCCACUCAAGCAGAUCUGGCAAGACAAAGCUGGUGGGGCUCGUCCUUGUCACCACCUGCUCUCCGAACUUAGCACUGACGUUGCAGUCGUACUUGAUGCCCAGACGCUUCCGCACAUCUGUUCAAAGGGAUCAAGUAGAGAGGAGGGACCAAAAGGAAAAGACGCUGGGUCGAUCUCUUCCUUGUGUGUUGUGUAUAUGUCCAUCCACGAGUCUUCAUACCCUUGUUCUCCGGUUUGCCCCACUGUUUGUCGAGUCCUUUCACCAGGUCCCCGAGGCCAGCCAUCGAGUGCUCCGUGAUCUCAAGGCCCGUGAGCGUCGCGAGCUUGGGAGGCAGGCCCAGCGACUGGGUGAAGACAUGCCAGUGGAUCCAAUCGAAGAACUCGGUGAGGCGCUCAAAGUGGAUUUCCUCCAGUUGAGGGGAUGUCGACAGGAUGUGCGGCAGGGUGAUGGCCUCCUCCAGCUGGUGCGACGACUUGUUGACGUGCAGCACACGCAGCGAGGGGAAGCUGUACUCUUGAAGUCUGACAAUCCCCCACACAGAAGGAGCAACAAGAACGGAAAGACGCCGUGAGACACAGCUCCUUUAUGUCACACCAAGUGGUGCAUCUCUCUCUCUCACGUACGCGAAGUUUCUGAGCCAGAGCAUUCCAGCCGUCAGCGUCUCAACCUUGUCGAACACCACCGCCUCCACCACGGCAUUGUCCUCCGUCGCCUCAGAAGCGUCCUCAGGCGCCGUCUCGCUGUCACGCGUCGUUUCAGAGUCGGUGCCGUCGUCCUCGAAAUCAUCAUCAUCAUCACCACCAUCAUCAUCAUUGUCAUCUUCGCCAGGUUCUCCGAAAUCGAUUGCCCGCUGGUCGAUCAGGGAGUUCUUGACGUGUAUGCUGGUCAGUGUGCCACGGGCAGCCACCAGGAUGUCCGCCAGGACUGGGCUGACCUUUGUCGUCAUCUCGCAUCUGACGGGCGUCGUGUCGAUGUAAGCCGUCACAAUCGAAGCCUGUGUGCAUUGAUUACAAAGGGAAGGGUCCAUCCCAUCCACACAUUCUCAAAGCACAGCUUGACGUCCCACCCUCCUCACUCAACUCACCAGCUUCUUCUUGGCCUGCUCACGCUCGUCUGCGUGGGAGGGCGAAGCGAGCACCUCCCACACGCCACCAUCCUCGGUGUAGGCGGCCACCAGGUCACGGAAGACGCCGCAGUCUGUGCUGUUGAUGGUGUGGUGGAAGUCUCGGGAGCAUCGGCAGAGUCUGGCGGCCUGCGUGGUGGUGAGGUAGGACGUGAUGUGGCUGAUCAGGGGGACAUCCAGCUGCGUGAUGUGACACACCUGAUGUCCCAAAACACACGCAGGCACCGGAGCUCGUUCAGCCUACACACAGACCUUCGUAUCGCUGAUACGUACCCGUUUGCAUUCUUUGCGUAGCUGGUGCGUCCUGGAACCUCUCAUUCGCCGCGAUUCUGUCUUCCUCACCAUUGAUUGUGGCUCACGGCGACGGACGGAUUGCCGGUACGAUGAGCCGAGC